AACUACCCUCACCUUCCUUCAAUUUCUUCCCUAUAUAGAUGUAAACAUAAAACUUUUCUCUCUACAUAAUCAUAUCUUCUUAUAGUACUGUCCUUUAAUUUAUAUAUAUAUAUAUAUAUAUAUAUUCAUUUUGACUGUUGUAUAAUAUGGCUGUUAGCAAGAGCCGGGUCAGUGUCCACUCUACGCUAACAGCGGUAUCCAGCAGGCCAGUCGGGUCGGGUAAUAAAACCCAUAAGUUUACGUCUCUUGAUCACGCCAUGGGUCUUCAUAGCCUUCACAUCGUAUUUUACUACAGAGAUAAUGUUCUCAAGGACUUUGAUUUGGACCCAGCCAGGGUAUCCCUUUCGGACGCUCUUUCGUUGUACCCACAAGUAACGGGUCGGAUAGCCCGAAACGGAGAUGGUAACUGGGAGGUUAAGAACAAUGAUGCAGGUGUUCGGGUCGUGAAGGCCCAAGUUGGUGCCUCGUUUGAUGAGUGGCUAAGAUCAGCUGAUGGGAUGGAAGAAAAAGAUCUAAUGGUCUGGGAUGAGAUGCCUAAGGACCCCACUAAUUGGUCACCUUUCCGAAUCCAGAUAAAUGAAUUUGAAGGGGGAGGAGUAGCCGUUGGGCUGAGCUGCACUCACAUGCAUGCAGAUCCAACAUCGGCAACCCUACUCUUCAAAUCAUGGAUUGACACUCACCGUGGUCGGGCCAUAGCCCACCCACUCGUAAAUUCAGGAUCCGAUCUCUGUACCCGACCCGAUACAAAUCCCAAGAAGAAUUCUGUAACUUACUAUCACGCCAAGUCCAUCGCACGUGCGGCGCCCUUAGUGAAAAUGGCCACGGCAACCUUCAAAUUCUCAAAUGCAAUACUCAAGCAGUGCCUCUCAGGUAUCUCCGAAAGUUGCCAAAACGCCACUCCCUUCGAUUAUCUAGGGGCACUCUUUUGGACACGUGUCGCACAAUUGAAGGUCCUAAAAAAUAUCUCCACAUACUCCCUCUCAAUAUGUACGGACUUCAGGAAGUUAUUGAAGAAAACUCCGCUUCCUCUUGGGUAUUACGGCAACGCUUUGCAUUUUUCGAUGCUUUCUUUACAAGUUCGAGAGCUCAGUAGUGGCUCUGAUUUAGGACACGUGGUGAGAGAACUGCACCACCACGUGGCGAGCGUCGACGAUGAUGAGGUUAGGUCAGCGAUUGAUUGGCUGGAGUCGAGAAGGAAGAGAGAGGGGGAGGAGGAAAAUAGUUACGGCCCAGCUUUUAGGAUGUAUGGGCCUGAAUUGACUUGUGUUAAGGUUGAUCACUUGGGCAGUUCAUGUGGGCCGAAUGGUAGCGUUGUUGGGCCGUUGAUGUACGAUACUGCGUUUGAUGAGGGAGCAGAGCCGGUCCACGUGUCGUAUCACAUUGGGAAUGUGGAAGGUGAAGGGUUGAUCAUGGUGAUGCCUUCGUCGGAAGGUGGUCUGGGUAGGGUGGUGACGGUGACGUUGCCGGAGAAUGAGUUGGCCGCGUUGUGUGAGGACCAAGCAUUAUUGGGCCUGCAACCCAUAAUGUUGCUUAAUGGUGGACGUGGGAGAUGCUAGUUCUUUGUUUUGACUUUUGAGAAAUUAAUUUGAAUUGAUUGAGUUGUGAUUUAAAAAUUAUGGAAACUCAGCAUCUCAAUCUCAUGUGGAUACAUUAUGUGUUGAAAUAUUAGAUGCUAUAUCAUUCAAGAGAAAAAAAAUAUGAUUCAUGGAUUUAUUUUUUUUAAUAAAAAAUUAAAACUAAAAAGUUAUUGUAGUUAAAAAUUAA